GCUUGGGAAGCUGUAUCAAUUUAUCCUACUAGAUGAUAAACUAGCUGAAAGAUCGACAGUCUGAAGGAUUCGCGCGUAUAUCCUUAGAACGAACUAAUUGCUACAAUCCGACACAGCUGCAUGCAUCUUCGGCAACUGCUACGCUACAGAUCACUUCUGUCGAUGCCUUUUUACGCGGUUGCUAAAGGGCGCCAGGUGGGCAUUUUCGCGACAUGGCGUGAAUGUCAAACUCAAGUAAAUGGAUUUAACGGCGCACGAUACAAGAAGUUUGCAACCCAAACAGAGGCGCAACAGUUCAUUACGGAACAUGGUGGCAAUGGAACGAUUGGAUCGAGUUCGUUCGCGACCAAAAAAGCCCCAUUCUCUAACUGGAGUGGGAAACGAAGUGCCUCGUCAAGUUCCGCGGAAGUCCAACCACCGGCCAAAAAGCUGUUCAAAAAGACCAUACUCAUCGAUAACGCGCCCAGUUUGACACUGAAAACAGCUCGAUAUGGCGAGCACAGCUUCCGGCAGGACAACGAGGGUUUCGUGCACGUGUACACCGAUGGGUCCUGCGAAGGCAAUGGAACGGCACAAGCCGUCGCCGGUCUAGGAGUGUACUUCGAUGAAGGUCACGCACUCAACACUGCGCAACCCGUCAGCGGUCGGGCCACGAACAACUGUGGUGAAAUACAGGCCGCAUCGCAGGCCAUUAAACUGGCCCGGGAGCAAGGCAUUUUGCGGCUAGUCAUUAACACAGAUUCUCAGUUUCUGAUCGAUUCCAUCACGAAAUGGAUGCCGGGCUGGAAGCGUCGCGAUUGGAAGCUGGCUAGCGGAGGACCAGUGAAAAACAAGACUGACUUCCUCGAACUUGACAGGCAAAUGAGUGCUGGCGACAUCCAAGUGAAGUGGAACCACGUCGAUGCGCAUUGUGGAAUAUUAGGUAACGAGCGGGCGGAUCAACUGGCCCGCAAGGGCUCGGAAAUGUACCGUGCCCAGCAGGCCUCGUGUGAAUCGCAAGGAAAGGGUGGAAGGAGAUUCUGAUGAAAGCAAGUGCUGAAAAGGAUUUUGUAAAAUAUUAGAGCAAAACUCGACAUAAUUGUGAGCUCACGUAGUCAGCGAAAAAUGAAUUGUAUUUUCUCAUAGGAUUAUCAAUAAAUAAAUUAACAACGAGCAGUUGUAA